CUCAUUAACAGUAAAUCAAACCUUUUGGUUUCUAUAUAAGCAGGGCCAAACCCCCAGAAAACAAUACCAAACACAGUCUUAUACAGCUCAUAUUCGAUUAUUUCCCUCUAGAUCUUCCACCUCUUCACUACUUCUACCGUCUCUCUUCUUCUCCAAGUUCAACCACCAAACAUGGUGAUUGCCGGAAAAAGCUUGUCCACAGCAAUGAACGCCAGAAUAAUCGGCUCCGGCGACGAAGCUAUAAUUCUGGCACAUGGGUAUGGGGGUAACCAGUCUGUUUGGGACAAAGUGUUGCCCUAUUUGGCUCAGCACUGUCGUGUUCUGGUCUUCGACUGGGCUUUUUCCGGCGCCGUGAAAGAUACGAACCUCUAUGAUGCGGAGAAGUAUUCUAAGUAUGAAGCUUUUGCUGAUGAUUUGACUGCUCUUGUGGAUGGGAUGAACUUUGGACCAUCGGUGUUUGUUGGACACUCCAUGUCUGGUUUGAUCGGAUGUCUUGCUUCAAUCAAGAGACCUGAGCUCUUCAAGAAGCUCAUACUCAUUGGAGCUUCACCCAGGUACAUUAAUUCAGAAGACUAUGAAGGUGGUUUUAAUACUUCAGACGUUGAGCAGAUCUUCUCAAGCAUAGAGUCCAACUAUUACCAGUGGGCUUCAAAUUUUGUUUCUAUUGCAGUGGAUGCCAAAGAUCCAGAGUCUGUCGAAAAAUUCAAAAAAUGCUUCAAGAGUAUGAGACCUGAAGUUGCACUCUCCUUGGCCAAAACUAUCUUUCUCAGCGAUUACCGUGACACACUUGAAGAGGUUGUGACCCCAUGUACCAUCAUCCAGACCACCAACGACAUCGUCGCCCCAAAAUCAGUUGUUGAGUACAUGCAGAAGAGGAUCAAGGGUGAAUCCAUGGUCGAGUGCAUCGACGCAGUCGGCCAUUUUCCACAGCUCACUGCACAUAUUCAGCUUCUUGAGGUGCUUGGUAAGGUUUUGGGCUUUCAAAUUUCUGUUUGAAGCCCAUAAGCAAGUGUUCCUAGUUUUUCCCUUUAAGGGUAGCCAUACAUGAAAAAAGUAAGUUCAUAAAGCAAGGAUUGGGACCCUCCAGAACCACUCAUUUCUACUUUUCUUAGAUCAUUCAUCAUGAAUUUACUUAGUAUCUACUUAUAUAUAAGUGUGUGUUUCUCAGUGAAUGGUUUAUUAAUAAGAAAAACUAAAAAUACGUAUUGGAGGAGAUCUCGGUCCAUAAUACCCAAGGAAAUAUAUGUAGUCUUGUCUUCAUAAUCUUGUGGGAUUGUGAUGGGAGAUAUGGUUGAACUGUAGGGUUGUUUUUGUGAUUAUUGUACUUUGAAAUCUAGUGUUAUUGGCUUGUAUUGAGAACUAUGGAUUGAAUGGUUUGUCACUUUGUUGGAGAUUAUUGUACCAGUUGUAAUGAAAUUACUUUAUCAGUGUGAUGUUUGGAUGCAUGUCAAUAGAAUUGUGUAUUGGAUUGACUUAUUAGCUCAUUUCAAGCCAAUAAGGUGAUGUUCUUGGUUUUUUC